AUGUCCGAAGUCCCCAAAGCAACGUUGUACACCUUUGACGGCUCCGUCUGGGCCUCGGCCCCGCGCCUCGCGCUCGUCGAAAAGGGCUAUUCUCCGCAAGACGUCGACAUCAAAACCGUCAACCUGGUCCAAGCCGAGAACUUCGACCCCUCGUAUCUGCGUAUCAAUUCCAAGGGCACCGUCCCCACCUUGGUUGUCCCGCUGCUCGAAACCACGUCGGCCGAAGUGGCGACCAAGUUCCGCGCGAUCAACGACACCAAAGCCAUCCUCGAGUUUCUUGACAAGAGCCGGAGCCAGAACACGAUCCCCGUGGAUGCGAGCGUCCCUGCGGCGCCCGCGCCCAUCUUGGCUCCCGCGACGAUCGAGGGCAAAGCGGCAAGCGACGAGAUCAUUGCGCUCGUGCAUGCGGCGGCUGUGGAUCCCAACUUCCUGCUGCUCGGUGCGAGGAACCAGGCCGAAUUCCAGGCGGGCAAGGCCGGUCUUCCCGGCACCUUUGUAACCAACCGGUACAACGCAUUGGUGCAGCACCAGAAAUCGCUCGCAGAGGGUUCGUCGGCCACCGUCGCCUUCGACGGUUCCGCCAACCCGAAAUCCUCGGCCAUCCACGAGAACCUCAAGAAGUGGUAUGCCGACAAACUCGAGUCGCAGUCGCUGCUCACCAAGGCGUACGUGUCCAACGACGCGCAAGCGCUCGAGCAGCUCGUGCAGCUCACCAACGCCACGUGGAAAGCGGUGGGCGAAACCCUCGCAACGCUCGAGACCAAAUUGCAAGGCCCCUUUGCGCUCGGCGACCAGCUGAGCCUCGCGGACCUGCACGUCGUCCCCUGGCUUGCCCGCAUCAGCGCCAUCGCCGCCGGCCUGCCGCCACAGCAGGGCGAGGCUGAGCCGCUGGACAAGCUCGACACCGUGCUUGCUGCCGCUGGAGGCGCCAAGAUCGGCGACAAGGUGCGAGCUCUGUGGACUGCCUUCUCCGAACGUCCCAGCUUCAAAAAGGUUUACGCCGACGGCUUGCAUUGA